AUGCUUCAGUUUUCAAUUCAACGAGUGAGGAACUUGGGAUCAUUGAGGCAUCGGAUAUUUGACCUCAGAAGUUAUGAUUUCUCCACCGCCGUUGAACCCUCUUGGAGACUUCGCAACCCUCCGAGAGUUCCAAAUAUUAUUGGAGGAAGUUUUGUUGAUUCUCAAUCAUGUGACUCCAUCGAUGUUUUGAACCCAGCAACACAGCAAGUUGUGUGUCAAUUACCAUUGACAACGAAUGAGGAGUUCAAGGCUGCAGUAUCUGCAGCCAAACAAGCCUUUCCAUCAUGGCGAAACACGCCAAUUACAGCCCGCCAGCGUAUCAUGUUCAAGCUCCAAGAACUUAUUCGAAGAGAUAUGGAUAAACUUGCCAUGAACAUUACAACAGAACAGGGGAAGACAUUGAAGGAUGCACAAGGCGAUGUGUUCCGUGGAUUAGAGGUGGUGGAACAUUCUUGUGGGAUGGCAACUUUGCAGAUGGGAGAGUUUGUUCCCAAUGUCUCGAGUGGAAUUGAUACCUAUAGCAUUAGAGAGCCGCUUGGUGUUUGUGCUGGGAUUUGUCCCUUCAACUUCCCCGCAAUGAUUCCUUUGUGGAUGUUUCCAGUUGCAGUUACAUGUGGUAAUACCUUCAUUUUAAAGCCAUCGGAGAAAGAUCCAGGUGAUUGUUAUAGCUUUUGA